CCUGUAAUCCCGGCGUUCUCUUGUUCGCGACCGGCGAUCCUGUUCCGAGUGCAGCGAUGGUGGACGCGGGGGCUGCAGCGGAGGCAUCUCCACUUGCCUGUGACACCUAGAAUUCACCAACACACCACCGCAGACAUCACACACACUCACACACCAAAACGCCAGAGAGCCGCGGCUUCAGGCCCAGCAUCCGCAUCUUUCGCCGCCGUGCUCUUGCACAUUGUCGAGAAGGGGGGCAAAGGACACAUGUCUGCCGGUGCCGCAUUCUCAAACUAGUGUGGCACUAAUGACGUGAGAGUCGUAGCAGAAAUGCAGCGGUCAUCGCUGUGCGUCGCGUUGGCGGCCUGCCUGCUGCUGGCCGUCGGCGAGGGCAGCAACGUGGUGCGCAACUUCUCCGACUCGGAGGUGGAGCGCUUCAAUCAUCUCGUCGUCGAUAUGAACACGGGGCGCGUGUAUAUCGGCGCCGUCAAUCGCCUCUAUCAACUCUCGCCGGAUCUGGAGAAUGUGCUCACGGCGACCACCGGCCCGGAGCUGGACGCCGACGAAUGCUCGGUGCUGGAGUGCACCACAUCUGUGAAUAAGAAGCUCACCGACAACGUCAAUAAAGCACUCGUCAUCGAUUACACCAAUAGUAGACUGAUUUCGUGCGGUAGUCUCUUCCAGGGCAUGUGCACCGUGCGCAAUUUGCACAAUAUCUCCGAUGCGAAUGUGAAGGCGAUCCGCGAGGCGGUCGUGGCGAACAAUGCGACCGCCUCGACGGUGGCGUUCAUCGCGCCCGGACCUCCGAAUCCGCCCGUAUCGAAAGUGAUGUAUGUUGGAGUGACGUUCACCUUGGGGUCGCCGUAUCGCUCGGAGGUGCCUGCCGUGAGCAGUCGCUCGCUGGAGAAGGACAAGAUGUUUACCAUCGCCCAGACGGCAGUCACUACCGGUACAAGGAUGUUUGUUAAUUCGCUGGCGCGCGAACGGUAUCCCAUCAACUAUGUGUACGGGUUCUCCUCGGAGGGUUUUAGUUAUUUCCUCACCACACAGAUGAGGCAUAUGACCUCGAAUCAGUACAUCAGUAAGCUGGUGAGGGUAUGUCACGACGAUGAGAACUACUACUCGUACACGGAGAUACCAAUCGACUGUGUGAAUGGCGGCCGGAAGUACAAUCUGGUGCAGGCGGCGUACAUGGGCAAAGCCGGAUCGGAACUGGCGGCGGACCUAGGGAUAACCGCUCAGGAUGACGUCCUCUUCGCCGUGUUUAGCGAGAGCGACGCCACGCAGACGGGUAAACCAUCCGAGCUGAGUGCGUUGUGCGUCUACUCGCUGAAAGCCAUCCGGCGGAAGUUUAUGGCAAACAUCAAGAACUGCUUCAGCGGCAAGGGCGAACGCGGCCUGGACUUUAUCUCGCCCAGCCACAAAUGCGUGCCGACGAAGUUGAACACCAUCGCUGAGGACUUCUGCGGACUGGACGUCAACACGCCGCUGGGCGGUGAUAUGCCGAUGGCGGCGGUGCCCGUGCUGAAUUUUCAGUCGCGGCUCACCGCCGUCGCCGCCACCUCCACCGGCGACUUUACCGUUGUUUUUAUCGGAACCGCUAAGGGACACUUGAAAAAGGUGGUAGUCGAAUCGAUUGAGAAUGGGAUAGAGUACGGGGACCUCAUCAUCGAGGAGGGUUCGCCCGUAAAUCAAGAUCUGCAUUUCGAUUCGCAAAUGAUGCAUCUUUAUGUGAUGACCGAGAAGAUGGUAUCAAAGGUCAAAGUACAGGAAUGCAGCGUGUACAAAUCGUGCCUGGACUGCCUGAACGUCAAGGACCCGUACUGUGGCUGGUGCUCCCUGGAAAACAAGUGUAGCCUGCGUUCGGACUGCAUGGACGCCGCCAAGGAUCCGCUCUACUGGAUCAGCAAGGGCGGGCGCUGUACGAGCAUCACCACGGUAACUCCGAAUCAACUGCAGCGCACCACUGCACGCACUCUGGAUCUGCAAAUCGACAACCUGCCCACGUUACCUGGGCAAUUUCAAUGCGCGUUCACAGCGUUGGACAAAGUCCUGCUGACGAAUGCGACGAAGAAGAAUUACGGCGUGAACUGCAACCCGCGGACUGAUUCGCUGCCGUCGAUCCCACCAGGACAACAUCACUUUACUGCGAAGCUCUCGGUGCGCAUGCAUUCGGGGACGGAUUUCGUCGCGACGAACUUCACCUUCUUUGACUGCAACACGUACAGCUCAUGCACGCAAUGCGUCUCCUCGUCUUUCCCCUGCGAUUGGUGCGUGGACGGACACCGGUGCACACAUGACACUGCCGAGAAUUGCCGGAAUGAUAUUCUUGUAACUGGAGUUAAUCGCGUGGGACCAAGUUAUCGAUCAGGACCGGCCUUCUGUCCGACGAUCAAUGCCACCGUGGGCAAUUCGCCGGAAAUUUUGGUCGCGUCCGGAAUUAAGAAGGCCAUCCGGGUGAAGGUGCAUAUCAUUGGGCAGUUUAUUGUACAAACACGCUUUGUCUGCCAGUUUAACAUCGAGGGACGUGUCACUAGUGUGAAUGCGCAUCUUUUGGGUGACACGAUCUACUGCGAUCAAAUGGAGUUUUCCUACACGUCGCGGGCGCCUAAUAUUACCGCGACGUUUGCUGUGAUUUGGGGCGGUUCGAAACCAUUGGAUAAUCCUGAUAAUAUUCACAUUGUGAUUUAUCGUUGCCGAGACAUGGCGGAUAACUGCGGUAUGUGUUUGGCGCUCUCGGAAAAGUAUGAAUGCGGAUGGUGCCAGAGUUCGGAUCGGUGCGAAGUGAAAGACCAAUGUGAGCGCGGUUCGGCUGUCUGGCUGAACCGGCAACAGACGUGCCCCAAUCCGGAGAUUCUCUCGUUCACGCCCGAUUUGGGCCCGUGGGAAGGCGAUACAAAUAUCACCAUCGACGGCAUCAAUCUCGGCAAGCAAUUUCAGGAUAUUUACACGGGCGUCUCGAUCGCUGGCAUUAACUGCCAGCCGUACGAGCAGCUCUACGUGAAGACCAAACGCAUCGUGUGUAAGGUGGACGGGCCCGGUACCAACCAGCCGCGCCAAGGGCCCGUCGUCGUGCGCGUCGAGGACUAUCGCGGCGAGUCCAAGACACACUACCGCUUUGUCGAUCCGGCAAUCAAGGGCAUUUCGCCAAAGUACGGCCCGAAAAGCGGCGGCACCAUGCUGAAAAUCACAGGCAUGUAUAUGAAUGCUGGUAGCAAUAUUCAGGCGUAUAUCAAUGAUCUUCCAUGUAGAAUAGUUUCCACGGACCAAAAUCAGGCGCUCUGCAUCACGAGCGCCAGCGAUAAGCCGAGCGUCGGCAAGCUGCGCAUGAAGUUCGACAAGGGCGAUCGCUUCUGCGAGGACGAGUUGUUUCAGUACGUUGAGGACCCGAUCAUCGAUUCGGUCGAAUCGGGGGUUGCCAGUCAGGUAAAACAGCCGAAGGGUAUUCCGGCGGGUGGGAUUAACAUCUCGGUGACUGGUAAAAACCUGGCCUACAUUCAGAAUCCGCAAAUGUAUGUCUACUAUGAGGAGAAAAUGUUUGUUAGUCGGUGCACAAUUAUAAGCAAUACAAGCAUGACUUGCGAGAGUCCUGUGAUUGAGAUUGAAGGACUGACGACAUUGGAUGCUGACUCACCGCUUGCGUUAGAGUACGGCUUCCGAAUGGACAACGUCUCUGGAGUGCAGAAUCUAACGCUGAAUCGGGAGUUCAAUCCGUUCCUGCUCUAUCCCAACCCUGUGUUCGAACCCUUCGAUAAGGAAGUCAAAUACUACAAGUCUGAUUAUCUCAACAUCAACGGCCUGAAUAUCGAUAGGGCGUGCCAAGAGUCUGAUGUAGAGGUUCGUAUCGGCAAUAAUUUCUGCAAUGUCACCUCGCUCUCCCGACAACAGUUGACUUGCCGUCCGCCGGAAACUCAACCGCCCGGUCACGGCGAGAACGGAGAAGUAAAUGGCGAAGUCCUCCCCGAGGUGGUUGUCAUUGUUGGCGGAUCGUUGAAGUUCAAUAUUGGGAGUUUGUCCUAUUCAUCACCGCAAGGCAUCAACGCUUCGUUUUCGAAACCAGUCGUCUACUUUGUUUGUGUGGUAGCCGUGGUGAUUGUCAUUGUCUUUGUGGUCUUCCUCAUUGCGUACAGACGCAAAUCGACUGAAAACAAUCGCGUGCUCAAGAACAUGCAGGAACAGAUGGAUAUUCUCGAACUGCGUGUGGCGGCCGAGUGUAAGGAGGCGUUCGCUGAGUUACAAACUGAGAUGACGGAUCUGACUGGCGAUCUCACCUCGGGUGGUAUACCGUUCUUGGACUAUCGCACUUAUGCAAUGAAAAUACUCUUCCCGAACGUGGACGAUCACGCUGUACUACAAUGGGAUCGGCCGGAAUUACUCCGCAAAGAUAAAGGCCUGCGUCUGUUCGGUCAGCUUAUCAUGAACAAGACGUUCUUGCUGUUGUUUAUCCGCACACUGGAGAGUAAUCGCUACUUCUCGAUGCGCGAUCGCGUCAACGUCGCCAGUCUGAUUAUGGUCACACUGCAGAGCAAAAUGGAGUACUGCACGGAUAUUUUGAAGACUCUGCUUGCGGAUUUGAUUGAGAAGUGUAUGGAGGGUAAGAGUCAUCCGAAGCUGUUGCUGCGGCGGACUGAGAGCGUUGCCGAAAAGAUGCUCAGCGCAUGGUUCACAUUCCUGCUGUACAAGUUUCUGCGCGAGUGCGCGGGCGAGCCACUGUUUAUGCUCUUCAGAGCUAUGAAGCAGCAGGUCGAUAAGGGCCCAGUGGACUCGAUCACCUCCGAGGCGAGGUAUUCUCUCAGCGAGGAGAAGUUGAUAAGACAAUCCAUAGAUUUUAAACCAAUGACAAUUUACGUUUCUAUAUCUCAACAAACCAAUUUCGUUGGUGGAUUGGAUCACAACACCGAAAAUGUUCCUGUAAAAGUAUUAGAUUGUGAUACGAUUAGCCAAGUAAAAGAAAAAUCCUUAGAUAGUAUCUACAGGGCGACCCCUAGUUCGCAACGACCACGCAAGGAAGACCUAGAUUUGGAAUGGAGAACGGGUACGUCCGGCAGACUAAUUUUAUACGACGAAGACACAACGACAAAGACCGAAGGUAACUGGAAGCGACGCAAUACUCUGCAACACUACCGCGUGCAGGACGGCGCCGGUUUGAAUCUGGUGUCGAAGCAGAGCUCAAUUUACAAUCUGAGCAUCUUUUCCGAGAAGAACGACAAGUCGCACAAGUACGAGACGCUCAAUCUGAGCAAAUUCAGCUCGGCAAGCCCGCCGAUGAGCCGCGCUACCAGUCCGCUCAACACCGACCAUGACCAGGACGUGCGUUGCUGGCAUCUUGUGAAGCACCACGAUGCCGACGCGCAGCGUGAGGGCGAGCGUGGCAAUAAAAUGGUGUCGGAGAUUUACCUCACGCGUCUGCUGGCCACCAAAGGUACGAUGCAGAAGUUCGUCGACGACUUGUUCGAGACGAUAUUCAGCACGGCGCAUCGCGGUUCAGCGUUACCACUCGCCAUCAAGUACAUGUUCGACUUCCUGGACGACCAGGCCAUUCAACAUGGCAUCUCCGAUCCGGAGGUCGUGCACACGUGGAAGAGCAAUUCGCUGCCACUGCGUUUCUGGGUGAAUCUGAUCAAGAAUCCCAACUUUGUCUUCGACAUUCACAAGUCGAACAUUGUCGACUCGUGUCUGAGCGUUGUCGCGCAGACGUUUAUGGAUUCGUGUUCCACGUCCGAUCAUCGAUUGGGCAAAGAUUCCCCUAGUUCUAAGUUAUUGUACGCUAAAGACAUUCCGCAAUACAAGGAAUGGGUGGAGAGAUACUAUUCUGACAUUAAAUUAAUGCCGGCCAUCUCGGAUCAGGACAUGAACGCCAUGCUUGCCGAGGAGUCGCGGCUUCACACCACCGAGUUCAAUACGAACUGCGCUUUGCAUGAGCUGUACAAUUACGCAGUCAAGUACAACGAACAGCUGACGGUGACGCUGGAGGAGGACGAGUUCUCGCAGAAGCAGCGGCUGGCGAUCAAGCUCGAGCAGGUGCAGCACUUCAUGGGUGAGACGCAGCCGUGAUAUUGGCCCGACCUGACGCGGCCCUCGGCACCGCCCUUCUCGCCGAUGCAGCCGUCGGCACCGCAGGAGCUGGCCUGCUGAGCGGCGUGGCCGCAGUCAGAGUACGAGCGCGAGGUGUUAGCUAGACCACAUAAGCCCCAUACAUAUCUCCCCCUCACACCCAGCAGCCCCCGCCCCCCAAAAUGCGAACUUUGAGAACAACUGUGUGUGUUCUGUAUGUAUGUUGUUGGAUUGCCGUUUUAGUCGUUCGGUGUCUGGAGCGGUGCGCACUCAGUGACUUCAAGUGCCUCUGGUAGGAAUGAGUGAACCGUGCUGUCUCUCCCUUCGUUCUCUCUCUCUCUCUAUCUAUCUAUCUCUAUCUCUCUCUCUAACACACCAAAAAACACACCCUUCUACCCCAAAUCCAAAGUAGUAUCGGAAGUUGCGGAAGCUGUAGGACGUAAGAAAUUCGUGUACGAUAUUUUUAUGAUCCCCCGCCACCAACCAACCAACCAAUCUGCUGAGAGAAGAGACUGCGCUUGCUGUCUUCGCGCCUGUCCUAUAAGAAUUCCUGAGCGUUUAGCCCGUACGUAAAUGUAAGUAAGCAACAAAGUAAUAACAGUACAUGCACAUACAUCGUCAAUUAACGCUUUGGCAUCAACUCGAGACAUCUCGGCUUCAAACCAUCAUCUAGUUGGAACUCGGACGGAAAGGUGUAUGCGCAUGCGAGUAAUUUGCCUCCCCCACAACGUAUCAUCACUAUCAUCGUAAGAAACAAAACACAAACAAACAAACAAACCUAAGUCUAAUUAAUCUUAAAACAAGAGAAUGCUUUUUUAAAAUGAUUGUAUAAUGAAUCUAUCUUAUAUUUAUCUCCUUGUACAGGUAUAAUAUUUUUAUAAUUUGUUUAUCGCAAUCAUGAAUCAUGAUAUGAUUGUCUUCCGGCGCUUCGGCGCGCGCGAAGGAAGCCAGCAGGGUGUAUGGUAGCGCGUUUAUUUGCGACGUUUCAAUCAUCGGUGUGUUCGAAAUUUGUAUCGCCAACCAUUUAUGUUUCGUGUGCCGUGGUCUGUGUACGUGUCGAAGGCUGUGCAUUUCUGUUUAUUGUCCAGCCACAGCCAAAGAAUCACUCUUCCUCUUCUUCUUCAUUCACAAGUCUGUCGCUCUUCUAAAUCUCUGUAUCAUCUCUCUUGCUCUCUGCCUUCUCUGCCUCUCUUCGACCACACCUGAAAAGCACAACCCUCUCGAAGUUCUUGCUUCGGGCGAGUAUCAACCAGAACGCAACGUUUUGAGGCUGUAAUUUUAUAAUUUUAGAUGUUUUACUACUCGCUGAACAAAAAUGAGAAACAAACGAACCAAACUCGAGGAUUCUGUACAUAAUACAACAUGAUAGGCGUGAUGAUAUGAUAUGAUGAUGAUGAUGAUUUAUACGUUUUUAUAUUAUAUAAUAUGAUUGUCGUUUUAUCAGUUGAAUGUGCGUAAAGAAAGCAAAAAAAAAAAAGCAUUAUGUAAUCGAAUACGAAUUGUAACCGUCCUUGCCGAUGAUGACGAUUAAUUGUCACUGUCAAUGUCUGUCUUGGUCUGCAUUUCGUUGCUAGAGUUCCUCCCCUCGAUAAGAGGAGAAUCCUCGACUUUGUAAUAAUUUUCAUUUUGUAAAACCGCGCGAGCGCGCGCCUGUAACGCCAGUGUGAUUCAUAGCUUUUUUUACCGAAGAGUACGCAAUUCGAGUGUGUGUAUGUGAUGAGUGUGUUUGUUUCGAGCGCAACAUUCGCACGCGCAGUCAGUCACAAAGCAAAGUAACAAGAAUUGAAGAAACGAAGAAAAACAAAUUGUAAUCAUUAAGUGUAAUAUGUAUCAGCAGACUUUAUAUAUUGUUUGUUAUGUACUUUUUAACUGUAUAUGUAUGUAUGUAUUCGUCGACAAAUCAUCGAAUGAAUUUAUAUUAUUAUUUUGCACUGGCUACACAGUCACAUAAUUUGUAAAUAUUAGGUGUGCAUGCACAGUGUAUCCAUAGUGUACUGUGUGUAUACUCGAUUGCAUUUCGCAAUAAUAUGAAUGGUAAUAAUGUAAAACUCUAUGUUAUUAUAAAAGACUGAAUGGAGUUAUUUCAAAUACUAAAUAGAAAAAUCUAUAAAA